AUCUCUCACCCCCCUCACCCGCCCCUACAUCUUCCCCCUCCUCCGUCUCCUUCCGGGGGAGGGAGGAGGUGGGGGUGGAAGCCUGGCGAGAGGGAAAGGUGGAGGGGAUAACUUUUCUCCCCACCCCCUCCUUGCCCCCCCGCGGCCGGCCCACCCAGGCGGGGGGCAGGCCGAGCCAUGCCUAGCUCCGAGCUGCUGAUGGAAAGGAACGGCAACGGGAGCGUGGAGCUUGGGCGGAGCAGCGGAGGCGGUGGUGGCGGUGGGCUGGAGCUGGACGUGGACAUGGAGAUGGAGAUGGGGCUGGGCAUGGGGCGGAUGCUGGAGGAGGAGCAGCGGGCGUUGCAGAUCGCCCUGGACCAGCUGUCCAUGCUGGGGCUGGGCGAGGAGCAGGAGGGCGGCGAGCUGCUGGAGGACGAGGAGGACGACGAGGAGAACGUCAACAACAACAACAGCAACGGCGGUGGAGGAGGCGUGGGCAGCGGCGGAGGGCAGCAGCAUCACCGCGACUCCUACCUGGCUGCCCUCUACGAGGGGGGCGAGGCCAAGAAGAAGAGCAGCAACACCACCGAGUGUGUGCCCGUGCCCAGCUCCGAGCACGUGGCUGAGAUCGUGGGCAGGCAAGGUGAGCCCCGGGGUCAGGGGUCGGGAGACUGGGUGCCCGGGUUCAAGGGUGAGAGGCUGGGUGCCCGUUGA